CUAGGGUUUCAAACUAAAAUCGACCAAUUUCAUAAUGAGCUCCAUCAAUAUCACUAACGUCACCGUCUUGGACAAUCCAGCUCCGUUUGUGAAUCCAUUCCAGUUCGAGAUUUCUUACGAAUGCUUGACUUCUCUCAAAGACGAUUUGGAAUGGAAGCUUAUCUACGUAGGAUCAGCUGAAGAUGAAACCUAUGAUCAAGUUUUGGAAAGUGUUCUUGUUGGUCCUGUUAAUGUUGGGAACUACCGAUUUGUGUUACAGGCUGACUCUCCAGAUCCAUUAAAGAUUCGUGAGGAAGAUAUUAUUGGUGUAACUGUGCUAUUGUUGACUUGCUCAUACAUGGAUCAAGAGUUUAUAAGAGUUGGCUAUUAUGUGAACAAUGACUAUGAUGAUGAACAACUCAGGGAAGAGCCUCCUACCAAGGUUUUGAUUAAUAAAGUCCAAAGGAACAUACUCACGGACAAACCUCGAGUAACGAAGUUCCCUGUCAACUUUCAUCCUGAGGAUGAGCAGGCUGGUGGUGAUGGGCCUCCACCUGCUGAACCAUUUGGUGAUUCUGUUGUAAAUGGAGAAGCUCGAGUGUUGGUUGAGCAGUCACAAAAGCUACAGGAGACAGAACCAUUUGAUGAUUCUGAUGUAAAUGGAGAAGCUCUAGUGUUGCUUGAGCAGUCACAAAAGCUCCAGGAGACAUGAUUAUAGUUUGAUUCGAGCCUAACUGGAAACUUGAUUAGAACUAUCGUCUCAAUACUAAUCGAAAGAUCUGGCAUUUUUAUUUUUGUUUCUUUUAUCUAGAACUUCAUCUGCAACUGUGUUAUUGUUUGUAGAAAUAUAAGUUCGUUUUUCAC